AUGACUCCAAAAGUGAAACUUUCUGAUGCUUUGAUUCAGAAUCUCGCGGUGGGCAAAGUCUACAGAGAUCACAAGGGCCCAGUGAGUGGGAUGGAUUUCACCUACGAUGGGCAAUUUCUUGUGACGUCCGGCGAGGACAACAGCGUCAAUGUGUACUCUUGCGAGAAGGCUUCGCGGGUGCGGCAUCUCCGUUGUGAAAAGUAUGGCGUGGCCUUGAUUCGGUUCCUGCACAAUGACAGGGAUUGCGCUGUAGCUGCUUCAAGAAAUGAGGCUGACCACCUCCUCAAGUACUGGGAUUUCCACGACAACAAAUAUCUUCGUUUGUUCCGAAGCCACACAGGCAAGGUGACAUCAGUCAGUCCACAUCCUUACGAGGAUUUGUUUCUGUCUGGAGCAGAGGACAAGUGCGUACUGCUCUGGGAUUUGAGACAGGACCGGCCUGUUGCAAAAAUUAAUGGGCAAGGCACGACGGUUGCGAGCUUCGACCAGCAAGUCUUGUCUUUGCAGCAUGCGUGGGACAGCCGAAAUUGCAUCUCUUUGACACACGAAACUAUGCCAAAGGAGAAUUCAUCUCCUUCGACUUGAGAUCACAUCUCAAGGAUCCAGCCCACAGCGUGCAGUUCAGCCCCUGUGGCAAGUACUUGUUAGUGCGAACUCCGGCGCAGAUGGUGCUGAUCGAUGCAUUUGAUGGCGAGCUCAUCUGCGAAUAUCCAGUGCAAGAGCAAGGUGCAGCAGUGCCCAGCUUUUCACCAGAUUCGCAGUAUGUGAUGUGUGGCAUGGCCAAUGGCGACGUAUGUGUUUGGGGUGCUACAAAUGCACGACUUGUGCACAAGCUGGAGGGCCAUACAGCCUUGCCAGGUCGGACAUGCUUCAACCCGACGCAUGCUCUGGUUGUCACUGCAGCUGAAACGCUGGCUUGGUGGAUACCAGACGCGGGCCCACCUGCGACUUGAGCCAUGAGACCUGAGACGGAAAGGGUUUGCUUCUAUCUCGUCUCAAAAAUCUUUGCCGGGCUCUCUAUUUCUGACUACGGUGGUCGCAGCC